AUGUCGACUAAAAGCAUAUCGUUUAGGUUACAACAACUCGAAGAUAAAGUAUUUAGAAAAAGUUCUAUCUCAUAUAAUAUUACUGAACUUCUCAAUAAUUUAGAAAAAACUGAUCAAAAAGAAUUGACACUUAAUGAGGUUUUACAAAAAAUACCAGCACUUAUUAAAAGAAAACAAAAUUAUGUAAAACAUUCUAAUUUCGAUUUAUCAUUGUGGAAUUAUUUUGAUUUUAAAAGUUCAAGAACAAAUAAUAGCUCAGAAGGUUGGCAUCAUCGUUUAAAUACUGAUUUAAAUCAUGUCAUACAUCCACAUUUUUAUAUGUUUAUUCGUGCAAUUCAAAACGAUUAUGCUUAUAAUUCAGCAAUAUCAUCACGUCAUACAGCCAUCGGCGCAAUACCACCAAGAAAAAGACUAUUUGUGAAUCGAAAUGCACGAUUACACGAUUUAGAAAAUCCUUAUAAACAACAAACAUUAACACUGGAAGAAUAUCUUGAAAAGUGA